GCGGUGCGAUCUUCUCCCCGGUUGCAGAGUGCCGGUUCGGGAAGCAGCAGGCAAUAAACACGCAAAGCUGAAGUGGUGGAGCUGAUGGUGCGGAAGAAAUUACAAGAGAAGAUCAAGAUUAACACCACUGAUUUAAUGAAAUGGUUUGCGGGAACGAUAAACCCCCCCGUCUGCUUCAGCAAGUGCGUCAGAGGAAGGGCGAGAUUGGUCGAGGAAUUGAAAGGCGCUCCGGAGGCCGAGUAUAUUCAUUUGCACACGUACUGCAGGGUCGUGCGUGAGACCAACCCAGGGUCCAUCAUCGAACUCGAAUGUAAUGGCAACGUGUUUGUCCGCAUCUUUUUUGCGUUCGUUGCUUCGGUGAAUGGAUUUGCACACUGCAGGCCGUUGCUUGUGCUGGACGGGGCCCAUAUUAGGGGGAAGUAUAAGUGUUGCCUUCUUCGCGCAACUGCACGAGACGCGAACGACCAGUGUUUCCCCGUCACGUAUGCAGUUGUUGACGCAGAGAACGAGAAGAACUGGAAACGGUUUUUGGUUCUUCUAAAGCGCGUCUGCGAUGCCGCUCACGUGCCUCACAACAUGAUCACGAUAAUGUCUGACCGCGACAAAGGACUCAUUCCGGCGGUUAGCGAAGAAUUCGGUGAUGACCGCCACGCGUAUUGUGUCCGUCAUGUUAGCGAUAACUUGCUAAAGAGUUUGAGGGUCAACAAAGAGCAGGCAAAGAUGCUCCUUGAAGCAGCGCGAAGCACCAGCAAGAUAGUGUUUGACUACUACAUGCAGCGCGUUGAGGACUUUUCGAAAGACAAGAACAUUGCGGAGAAGAUCUUUGAGAAAGCGGGCAAGAGACAUUGGGGAGGGCCUCAUUUCCUUUCUCCAAGAUAUGGGAAGGUGACGUCGCAAGUUUCCGAGUCAACGAACAACAGAUUCUUGAAGGCUCGGGGGAUGCCGCCGAUCCCACUUAUCGAGGAAACACCGGGACCGGCUGGUGGAGUGCGCCCUUGCGACGUGCCCAUUGCAUGUGAUGUCACCCGUGAACGUGUUGGUCCGACACGACCUCAACGUCAUGAGCAGUUCGGGGAUGAGCACGAUAAUCUUGGUGUUUUCGGCGCAACUAUUUCUGACUUUAAGGGCCUCCAACACGCAGCGCAUGAGCAUGAAGGCUUUUUGGAGGACGAGGGUGUGGCCGGAAAUGACGGCGGCGAUAGUGAGGACGACGAUGACGAAGAGGAUAGUGGUCGUGAGGAUGACGAGCGAGAUGGUGAGGGCAACAAGGAUGACGAAGGCGAAAAUGCGGCAGAGAAGGGGAUGAGCGGGGGGAGGAUGAUGAGAGCAAGGAUAAGGGAGAGAAAGAAGAGAGAAAGGAAACGAAUGAGGAGCGAAAUAAGGAGAAUGUGGACAUCGUCAGGGAAAGGGACGUGGAGGUCCAACAACGGAGCAGCAAGGAGGAUGACAACGACAAAGGGAAGGAGAAGGUCAGUGAGGUAGAGGUGGUGGACCUGUGUGGGGAGGGGGAAGACACUCAACGUGACUGAAGGACUUGGCGACGAAUAUUUGUCACGAACAAAUAAGGACUGCAAUC